AUGCCAGGCCAGGUCUUUCAGCCUAUCGACGUUGUGUCGUUGGAGAGUUACAUUUGUAAAAAUCUACCUCGUAUCGAACGACCUAUUUGGGUCACUCAGUUGGGAUACGACCAGUCCAGUCCGACAUACUUCAUAAAGGAUGGUGUUGGAAAGAAAUUAGUCAUGCGCAAACGCCUACCAGCUCCUGCUGAGUUAAAAAACGCCGACACAAUCGAGCGAGAGUAUCGUGUUCUCUGUGCCUUGAAAUGUUCAAAGAUUCCCGUACCAAAGCCCUACUGCUUUUGUGAAGAUCCUAGUAUCAUUGGAGCGCCAUUCUUUAUUAUGGAAUCUUUGCAAGGCCGAACCUUUGAAGAUCAGAGUCUGCCAGGUGUCUCACCGAGAGAAAGGCAUCAGAUGUGGCGCGAAAUCAUAACCACGCUAGCCCAGCUCCACAUUCUUGACAUCAAUACAGUGGGUUUGAACGGAUUUGGUCGCCGAGGUGGCUUCUUCAGACAGCAAGUUUGGAAUUUGAAGCAUUGUGAGGAAAUUCAACGUGCUUUCAUCGAUUUUCAAGGUAAGAAACCGAUCGGAAAGGUUCCUGGAGUGGAGGAAAUAGUUCGAUUUCUUUCGGAUGAAGAUCACCAACCAAGGGACCGCUCUUGUCUGAUUCACGGCGACUUCAAAAUCAAUAACAUUAUCUUCCACAAGACAGAGCCCAGGAUUAUUGGUAUACUAAGCUGGGAAAUGUCCACAAUCGGCCAUCCACUCGUGGAUCUUGCGAAUCUUUUCCAAGCCCGGAAAAUCCUUGAGAUGUCUUCAAGCGCAGCCGAUACGCUGUCACUUCCAUCGCAGUCCGCAGCUACUAUUAUGGGUCUACCGUCGGUUUCUGAGUGUCUCGCUUGGUAUAGUGAGGUGGCAGGGUGGAAUCCCCAAGCUGAGAUGAUGUGGGCGGAUGCAUUUGCAUUGUUUCAAAUGAGUGUUUUGCGGCAAGGGAUGAUAAGAUCUCACGUUGCUCGGCAAAGCGGUAAUUCUGUUGUUGACACUGACAGAGGCAUAUCUCAUUGA